AAAAUGAAAGAAUUCGCCAAAACUUCCGGUUAUGAGUUUCCGGUUUGAAACAACAGACCGUUUUCUGAGUGCGUGCUUUGACUGAACCAGAAGAAGGAUAUGGGUCGGCGUAAAUCAAAACGGAAGCCGCCUCCUAAGAAGAAGCUGACGGGAAAUCUGGACACCCAGUUCACCUGUCCAUUUUGUAACCACGAAAAGUCAUGUGACGUCAAAAUGGAACGCAGUAGAAAUACAGGAAUAAUAUCCUGUACAGUUUGCUUGGAAGAAUUCCAGACCCCUAUAACCUAUCUUUCAGAACCUGUGGAUGUUUAUAGUGAUUGGAUAGACGCGUGUGAGGCUGCCAAUCAGUAGCAUUUUCAGCCAUUCCAAUGGAUGUCAAAAAAAGGAAAUUAGUUACAGUAAUUUGAACCACUGUCUGUGUUAGUCCAUAUUUAUUCCAAGUCUUAAAUUCAGCUACAGUAAACCUUUAGGGGGUGUCUAGAGUCAUUUGUUGAAUAUGUUGUUCUUUCCACUUAGAAAAGUUGUUUCAUGUUGAUUCAAAUUGAUUCCAUUAACUCUGAAUUGGCAUGCCUCCCAAAGGUGACUCGCUUAUAGCCUAGGUCUCCAAAGCACUGUGUUAUAGGCCCGGACACACCAAACCGACGGUCGGACGUAGGGGGCGCCCUGUUGGCCGAGUCUUUCCGGUGUGUCCUGCACACUCCGUCGGCGUGUUUUGGAGGGCUCCGACGCCGAUUCAACAUGUUGAAUCGGCGUCGGAGCCCCCGGAGCUGUCGAUGAGAGAGAGCUCUCUGAUUGGCUGUCCAGCUAGCGAAUCAGUGCACGAAAAGAGAAACGGAAGUGACGAAAGCAAGCCAUUCCAAAGUUACUAUCACUACCAGACAUAAUUUUCGAUUUGUAUUACUAAAUAGCGAGAGAACAAGGAAAUUGCUGCAAACUGUUUGUUGUGAGCGAGACAAUGGCUGCUUCUAGGUCCAACGCAAUGCAAACGCAUUCUCCGGUCUUCCGGUUUCCAUUUUUUGAAAGACAAAUACAGACUACCACCACGCAGGCGCAGAACGUACGUGCAACUCAGCCGUCGGCGGACCGUCGUUGCGGUGUUCGGCACAGCCAACAUUAACGACGCGUAUCGACGCGAGGGGAUCUUUGUCGGCGCUCCGCGGCCGACCGUCGGUUUGGUGUGUCCGGGCCUUUAGUCAGUCACAUGGCUUUGUCGAGGGAGUUGGCUGUCUGUGCAGCUCUACUGUACCUGAUUUUAAACAGAAACAUUUCUGAAUCAAUGCAUGGCAAUGAUGGUAUUUGUUCAUUGAUAUAGGCUAUUUUGAAUACCCUGUUUUGGCAAAAUAGAUUCUGCAAAACAACCUGCUAUAUUUUUUAAAUGAAGCAGUUCUAGUUGAAACGCCAUGCUUUGCGUAGAGUGGAUCGCUGGAUGAUGGUGGUCCCUGCUGCAGAAUCAGAUUGCCUCCUGAUAAAUCUGUAUAAGUUAACAAGUAUUGGUCUAGCAGCUGUGAACAGGCUAAAUAUAUUGGUCUGCAGCUCACCAUGUUAUGUUUGGUUGAUUUCAUUCUAUUGUUUUAAAGUAGUUAAUGGCAACAUUGAGGUUAGUUGGUGCAAACUUUAAAAAGAAAACAAAUAAAAAACAUGGGCUAAUUACUGCAUGUAAAAUCUCAAAUGUUCUCAUAGAUGGAUAAAUGGCAAUUACACAACUUUUUUUUUUUUAUCAAGGAAUGUCUAAUUGAUUCCAAAUCCUGCUUAUAGUUUUUCUUUUUUGCUUGGCUGGUGAGAAUUCCUCCUGCAUCAGAAUAGGAAGUCCAUGUCAGAUGUACAGUUUUGGCCUCGUAUGUGAAAUGUUUCAAUGUUAUUUUAUAAUGACAUGAUACUUUCACCUGAGUUCAAGUAAUCAAAUAUUUUGUACUCAAUCACGCCAUUUUGUGAAUUUUAUUAAGUAACUGAAAUCCCUUGGCCAUUGCUACUUUCAAAUCACACGCAUUAUUUUGAAUGUGGUAUCUGUAAAAAAAACCCUUUUCUGUUUGUUGUAUAAAUUUAGGUAAAAAGUGAAAUGCAGGUUCACAACCUGAUGCCUGGUGCCAUUCUAUGAAAAUGAUCAGUAUUCGUCUUCACUGCUGAUCCUUUGUUUAUUUAGUUUUUCUUGUGACUGUUGACUUAAUAAAUGAAUUUCACAAACACAAAA